AUGCCCAAGCUUGAGGCUCUACACCUUGGCUGGAAUGAAGUAUCAGGGCCCAGGGGAACUCUAACAGCUCAUCCCCCAAUUGAUUUUGCAGAGAUUAAGGCUGCUCUUGACCCCCUAUCGCAGCAUCUCAAAACCCUGUCGAUUGGGGUCACCAACUAUCGGCCCAAAUCAGGGCAGCUGGCCGCGGAGGACAAUCCAACCCGUCCGUUUAUAGAAUGGGCAGACUCCUCUUUUGGGUCUCUGGCCAGCCUGGGCUUCCUUGAGCACCUCGAGGUUUCUGUCAACAUCUUGCUCGACUUCGUCCCGUGGAUUAACGCUCUAGAAGACGUCCUUCCAAAAAGCCUAAGGUCUUUGGUACUGACGGACGAAAUGUUGACCUGGCGUCAAGGCAUACCUGAAGACCUGCUGCAGCCAUGGGAGCACGGUUUGCACCAAGUUGUCGCCCUGCUAGGCAGAUACCUGCUCCUCCACGAAAUCUUUGCCCCCCAUCUCACCAGUGUGACGCUUGAUUUCAUCGCUGCGAUCGGUUCUGACGGAACUGUGCCGCAGGCUCUUGAACGAAGGCUUCGUGGUUGCGCAGAGGCGAGUCACGUUACUGUCAAGAUACUCUACGUUCAGGCAUACCCGCUUGAGUAUUCUACGAGACUAUAUCCUAUAGCCCUCACCAUCUACAACCGCCAAACUCCCAAAGUCGCCCCGAUGAUCCGGUGCGGGGGCCCGUUGACUAGGGUUCCCCUGUAUUGGUGCCCACGAAGCUGGUCUAGGUCUGAAUAUGCCUAUCGGUUCCCCAUGCAAAAGCUGAGCUGA